AUGGGUGCUUGCUGCGCAACUUCAAAAUCCCCUAAACAUAAAGGUAGCAAUAAUGAGCCAAAAAGCGGCAAAAAUCUUAAAGACAGAAAAUUUUCAGUCAGCACAAGCAAUCUGGUUCAAUUAAUCAAGGGAAGUGUGGCUGAUAAAUACGAGAUUGUAAGAGCCAUCGGAGAUGGAGGCUUUGGUCAAGUCAAACUUGGCAGGCACAAAGAGACCAAACUAGAGCGGGCUAUUAAAUUUAUUCCUCUUUCUUCAAUUGAUAAAUCCAAGAUUGCUCAAUUGAUGGAGGAAGUGAAUAUAUUAAAAAAGCUUGACCAUCCUAAUAUUAUCAAAAUAUUCGAAGUCUACCAAGACGAAAAAUAUCUUUCAAUGGUCACUGAGCUAUGUACAGGAGGAGAAUUGUUUGACAGAAUCAAAGAGCUGGACUAUUUUUCUGACUCUCAGAGUAAAACUAUUGGAGAAAUCUCUUUUUUGAGAAAUUAAACCUCGUUUUAGCAAGCAAAAAUGUUUCAGUGUAAAUUUCUUGCUGCAAACGAUAUUUUAAUGUAUAAUUAAUAAUUAUAAUAGUGAAAUCUAGUGAAAAUAAUAUGAAACUUUAUUCUAAACCAUAAAGUUUUGAGAUUUGUUACUUAAAAUAUUUACAAAUUCCGCAUUUUUUUUAAAAAAAGUGAUUUUCGAACAAGAUUUUUUAGCUCGUUCACCAAGGAGGGAGUGAGAACCAAGCAGCGAAGUAUAUGUUUGACAUCACCUCUGCCAUUAAAUAUUGCCAUGAGGCUGGCAUUGUUCAUCGCGAUUUAAAGCCAGAAAACUUGCUGUUGGAAAAUAAGACGCCAACUGCGAGAUUAAAACUAAUUGAUUUUGGGACGUACUUCCUUAUUUACUUAUAGAGAAGUUUCCAGUAGGCUCACAGGCAACUAUUCGCCUCUAUUUCCACUCCACCACUAAUUGCCAGUUGGAUAUGGCCUUCCACUAUACUGUUCUCACAGACAAAGGCUUGCGCUUACGGCCAGGACACAACGCCUGGCAUCUCGCUGGGAUGCUCGUUAAGCAAAGAAACCCAAUUCUGGACUGCUGGACUAUCCCUUUACACAACUUUGAGUUUCCUCUCCCAAGAGAUAAAAACUGGCUAGUGUAUGUAUGAGCAUGCGGUUUGGCUAAACUAACUUUGCGCUCUACUUCGCCAGCAAACCCUCCUGAUGUUUCAAGCACUUUGCUCUCUUCAAAAUUUUCCGAUUCUUCCAAUAAGUCUGCUGGUAGAGAAUAUUUUUAACACUGAUUGGCUCACAACGCUAUUUUAAUGUAAAUGAUGGAUUUGGGACGUCUCAAGAAUUCAAUAAAGGAAAGAAAAUGAAAAAAUUUAUAGGAACGUCGUACUAUGUGGCUCCUGAAGUCAUCAACGGCAGCUAUGACCAAAAAUGCGACGUUUGGAGCUUACUCCCCUCCCCCUCCGUGCGCUAACAAAAAAAUUUUGUUCGCUCACUUAAAAAAAUCCCAAUUCGCAAAAAUUGAAAAUCAAAUAUUUAUUUAAUUUGUAAAUUUAUGUUUAAAAUGCAAUUUUUUCCAAUAUCUUUGUUCGCUAGGUGGGGGAAGGUAGGUGUUAUUCUUUAUAUAAUGCUUUCAGGGACUCCUCCUUUUAACGGUCCAGAUGAUGACGCCAUUUAUGCGAAUAUUCUUAAGCGGCCUUUAUCAUUCAGCUCAUCUCGCUGGAACUUCAUUUCAAAAGAGGCCAAAGAUUUAAUAAAAUUGAUGCUUAACAAAAACCCUGAAAAAAGAAUCGACGUAGGUGAAGUUUUUAACCAUUCCUGGAUACAAAGCAGAGCUCACAAUCGUGUUCCAGACCAACCAAUAGCAAAGGAGUCAUUGCAGCAUUUAUCAAACUUUAACAUCCAAAACCGGCUUCAAAGAGCGACCAUGACGUUCAUUGUAAGCCAAAUUGUUUCUGGUGACGAACUAGCUAACUUAAGGGACAUUUUCCAAGAAAUUGAUGAAAAUGGUGAUGGAAAACUCAGCAGAGAAGAGCUUGUAAAAGGGUUUUCAAAGUUCCCUAUGUUUUCUGGGGUCGACGUAGAUGAACUUAUGAACCAAUGUGACGCAGAUGGGAAUGGCUAUGUAGAUUAUACUGAAUUUUUAACUGCAGCUACUAAUUGAAGCACUGCUUUGAGCAGGGAGCGUUUGCAAACCGCAUUUAAGAUUUUUGACAAAGAUGGGAAUGGGAAAAUCUCUUUGGAUGAGCUUAAACAAGCACUUGGAGGGACAGAGGAAAACGAGACAGUUUUUAUGAGAAUGAUAAUGGACGCAGACAAGAACGGUGACGGAGAAAUCGAUCUAGAUGAGUUUACUCAGUUGAUGCUGGCUACUGUUAACACGACUAAUCAGCCUAGUAAUAGAAUUUAA